GUUUUGCCAUUGGAAGGAGGUUCACGAUCCCCCAGAUGAUUCAUGUGCAAAUGGCAAAGGCCAAGCGCGAACAGUGGCCAUUCACUUACUUUGUCUGCACCACGGUUCACAAGAGCAUCGGGGAAACUCUUCCUAAACUAGCUACCCAGAUCAGUCAAGACAAUUCAAUGUUCCGUCUUUGGGACAAGAAUCAACUACUCGUCAUACUCAGUAGAGUUCAGUCCUUGGACGACCUGCUGUUUGUAGGUGAUGUGGGCGAUACUGUGAGAGCCAUUCAAAAGCUAUUGGAGGUCACGGAUCCCUGGGAUCAAUACAUCCACAACAUCGUCAACGCCUGCGACAACAUUCGCCAGGGCGAUGGCGUAUUAGGCGUAUUUAGAACCGUGUCUUAUCCCUCAAUCCUCUCUUCUGUUCCUUCUACCGAGUCUGGAUUUGUGUUUAUGCUCGUAAGCAUGAAAUUCGACUCGUUCAUCAUCGAUUCCGGACCUAGCUUGAGACGGGCGUUGAAAGAUUUCAACGACCCCUUAACAAGACCAGAAAAACGUUCGAGGCAACCCUUUGUUCUAGGUGUCUAUAUCGCUUGCUUUUCGGACAACAUUGCAAUGCAUGAUUUUGCCAUGUUGUGGCAAGGACGAAUUCUGCAGCACCACGGCUUUCACGCAACGUGUUAUCAGGCACUGGAAACUGGUCGUGAAGUCUUUAUCGAAGAAAAAAUUUCUUCACCGUCCAUAAAAAUGCAGGAGUGCAUCGUUUUAAGGGGCGAGCUGAUUGCAGACAUCUAAGCUUCAUCUGAGCGCUGCAUGAGCAGUGCACGCGUGUAUGGUUUGUGAUUUUCAAGGCCCUCAUUUUUUCGUUACUUACGCUGCCCCAGUGUUGUUCCCUAUCGCCUGUCCGGCAAUCUCUAAGCUGAAAACCAUUCAGAAUUCUGCUCUCCUCAUAGCCACGGGUUCUUUCCAAAUGGCCUCCGCUUCCCACUUGCACAGUGAAGCUGAGGUCUUACCCGUGACCGAAUACGUCUCUCUGCUCUGCUCACAAUACCUUGCCAGCGCCCUACGACCACACCAUCCAGCUACCCUAUCGUCACCCAGACAUCGGGGCCCGCUCCAUGAAGCACACGCUUCAGACCCGCUUCCCUCCUUCGGUCUCUUACCUGCUGGAGAAGGGGUCCCUCACCCCCGACUCUACUCUACUGCCCUCAGCAUCCUGCCCUGCGGAGACGCCGCCGAGCGACUCUUCCUGACAAUUAACAACACGCGUGUAAGAAGCGUUGAAAAGUCGGCGUCUUUGCUACUCAUCAUGGCCUGAUGAACACAUGACAUAGCUGAUGUAACGUCCACCGAGGAUGGCUUGAUCCCGUCGCCUACAUGGCCGCCUUGAUGUUGUCGAGCGGCUUUCGAUUCCAACAUCAACAAAUCUUGACUGCUGUGAAGAUUUAGUGACAAGUGCGAGACGAUGGCGAGCAUGCGC